CCUUGAAGGCAGGAAGGCCCUGCAGAGAGACCUCAACAAAUUAGAGGACUGGGCAAUCACCAACCAUAGGAAGUUCAACAAGGGAAAGUGCAGGAUUCUGUCCCUGGGAUGAGGAAACCCUGGUUGGAUCUAUAUGUGCUCAAAAUGAGUCUCAUUAAAUCACUAUUGGUGAAUUGCAACUCCCCAGGCAGUGUUUCUGUUCUUAAACAAGAAUUACCUUGUCCAAAAGGGACUGAAAAUUGCCAUAAAACAACAGCUAAGAAAGCUUUAAAUGAGGAACUUCGGAGGAGCAUUCAAGAGUUUGAGAGGGAGAUUAAUCAGUGGAGCCAUAGUCUGUGAUCUGUGACACGUGGAAGCCAACUCAGCAUGGCCACUAGGGAGUUUUUAGGAAUGGAGAAGCUGAUCGUUUGUGCGCACAAAAGGCAAAAUGCUCUCUGUAGGCUGAUUUGCUUUCCGUGGGCUGGAGGUGGAACUUCUCAACUUGCUCAGUGGGGCAAACGGUUAAGCAACUCAAUUGAAGUGUUCUGUGUAAGGUAUCCUGGAAGAGAAACUCGUCUUAAUGAGCCUUUUGCAAAAGACAUGACAAGCAUGGUUAAUGAAGUUACAACUGUUUUGUUAAAAGAACUGCAAGAAAAACCAUUUGCAUUUUUUGGUCACAGUUUUGGAUCUUACCUGAGUUUUGCAGUGGCACUACAUUUGAAAGAAAAGUAUGGACUAGAGCCGGUCCAUCUUUUUGUGUCAGGGGCACAUGCCCCAAAUUCUGAAGCAAUUCUUCCAAUCAAAAGCAUUUCUGUAUCUGAUGCAAAAGAUGAAGACGUUAUUGAAUAUCUACAAACUGUAGGAGGAACUCCUUCUCUGCUUCUACAUAACGAAGACAUUAGGAAAGAUCUGCUGCUUACUUUUAAAGAAGACUUUAGAGUGUUGCAGACAUUUUCUUUUGAGAAGGCAGAAAUGGAUAUCCCCUUCUCUUGUGAUAUUACCUGCUUUAAUGGGGGUGAUGAUAAACCAUAUGAUUUACAAGGUUGGCAAGAACUAACAAGUGGAGAUACAUCCUUUUAUGAGCUUCCUGGAGAUCACUUUUAUCUGCUAGAACCCUCUAAUGAAAUUUUCUUGACAAAACACAUAACAAGAUGCAUAGAAAAUGCUGGUCUAUGAGUAUUUCCCUCAAUUUUAAUAGCAGAAGGUGUAAUAUUAGUCCACAGCACUUCAUAAGUCAUUAUUUCUGUACAUUGCAUGCAGUUAUGCCUGAGUUGUUCUGUUCGUCCUCUGUAAUCCUUUAAAAGGGGGAGUUUUCCUGAAAAUAAAUGUUGGCUUUGUCUUAAAAAAAAAGGUUUCAUCUUUUCCCUCUUCUCAUCUUGCAUGUGCACAAACUCUUCACUUCAUUCCAUAACAUCAUUUGAAAAAAAUGACAGCUAUGUUUUUUUACUUCUAGAGCUUCUGUUUGCCUGCUCCUGUA